GUCACGCUAGUAGAAGCGCAGCGGUCCGUAUUUAUGCCGAUAAACGGCUACCGGCUGCUCUACUUACUUCAGACGUGGCAAAGCUGUCUCUGUGACAGUGACGUCCUAGCGUGAGUGAGCUACCGGCAAAGGUGGUUCUCCGUAGAAACCCAGAGUGCCUCGAUAAUCCAGUGGAAGUCGAAAAACGCUGCCCUAUUUGACGCGGUUCAGUGUAGUAAUGAUAGUCGUGAUGUUGUUGAAUGAGCAGAGGGUGGGGAAGGGCUAAGGGGUGGUUAACUUUAUUGAUUUUUAGGGUGACACUGUCAACUACCGCCGACUGAGUUCGCGAUGGAAGACUUGCAAUCGAAAAAAAUGUACACACGGGAGUGUUUAAAAAAAUAACUCGUUUGUUGGUUCGGCGGCUCGGUUCGUAGCAAAGGGGUUUCGGGAGAGUUUAAGCAAGUUUUCGGGAGUUUGUAGCGGUAUCCAGUGUGUUUGUGUUUGGUGUUUGAAUUUGAAACCGGUGGAAUGUGUCGUUCAAACACAGCGCUGUCGGCAGUUCACGCCUCUGCCGCUGCUCGCAUCAUCGGCUUCACGCAGUGAAAAUGGCAGCACUUGGUGGCUUCUCGCAAGAUAAUUUUUGCAGAAGGCCUAAGAAGAAAUUUAGUUGACGCUGUUGCCAUUGCUCCCUUACUAGAAAAGGCUUGCGGCAAAGCCGACAAAGGCCUUAGCCGCCGCGUAGCGCCCCCCAUCACGCUGCCAGUCACCCUGGAGGACCCCGCCACGACCUGGAAGGGACCGCCGCCCGGCUCGGAGCCCCAAAACUUCGCUCAGAACUCAGGCAACUCGUUCUCCGGGCCGCCGGCGGGCUUUCAGGGGCCCUCGCCUUUCCAAGGCCCGCCGGCGGGGGCGGGGUCGCCGGCCGGUGCGCCCCCAUACCAGGGCGGCCCGCCGCCGGGCUCCACCACUCCCCAGUACACCGCCUCGCCGGCGCCCUCGGGCUCAUCCACGCCGGGGCCCGGUCCCCCUCAGAAUGUCGGCAACGCGGGUUUUCCGCCGCCCCCCAACAGCGCCGGCCCGCCCUACAACGGCCCCGGGCCGGGGCCCUUCGGCUCUCCCUCGGCGGGUGGCCCCCCGUUCGGCCGGCCCGGAUCGUCGGGCCCACCCUUCGUCGGAGGCCCUGGGCCUGCCGGCAACCACUUCCAGCACUUCGGGCCGGGGCCCGGCUUCGGGAUGCCCCCCGGAUCGCCCUUUGGACCCGGUCCCGGCCACCCCAUGUCCGGCCCCAUGGAGCCCGGCCACGGCAUGAUGUCCCGCCAAAUGGGUGGACCUAUUCCAGUUGAACAAGGAUCUCUACCUGUCCCAAGGAGGCACACCCCUUACUUCGGCCAACCGGACUAUCGAAUAUAUGAACUCAACAAAAGGCUGCAGCAAAGGACGGAGGUAGACAGUGAUAACCUGUGGUGGGACGCAUUCGCAACCGAGUUUUUCGAGGACGAUGCCUCCCUGACCCUCGCUUUUUGUUUAGAAGAUGGCCCCAAAAGAUACACCAUUGGAAGGACGCUGAUUCCCAGGUAUUUUAGGAGUAUAUUUGAGGGUGGAGUGACUGAACUGUACUAUAAUAUGAAGCAUCCAAAAGAGUCCUUCCACAAUACUAGUAUUACGCUAGACUGUGAUCAGUGCACUAUGAUAACACAUCAUGGUAAACCCCUCUUUACCAAGGUGUGUACAGAAGGCCGUUUAAUUCUAGAGUUUACCUUCGAUGACUUGAUGAGGAUAAAGUCGUGGCAUUUUGCUGUCCGGACGCACCGGGAGCUGAUCCCCAGGUCCGUCGUGGUGGGGAUGCACUCCCAGCAAGACACCAGCAUGUUAGACCAGUUAUCGAAGAAUAUCACCAGGCAAGGCAUUACAAAUUCAACGCUUAAUUAUUUAAGGUUAUGUGUGAUAUUAGAACCCAUGCAGGAGCUUAUGUCGAGGCACAAGGCGUACGCCCUGAGUCCGCGGGACUGCCUGAAGACGACGUUAUUUCAGAAAUGGCAGAGGAUGGUUGCCCCGCCGGGUAAGAGAGAAUCUCAGAGGCCAGCGAACAAGAGGCGGAAACGUAAAGGGUCGAAUUCGGGUGGAGCGCCCAACAACGUGACUCCCGCUCCCAACAAGAAGAGAUCGCCAGGGCCUAAUUUUUCUCUAGCGUCGCAGGAUGUGAUGGUGGUGGGUGAGCCGUCCCUGAUGGGCGGCGAAUUCGGCGACGAGGACGAGCGGCUCAUCACCCGGCUAGAGAACACCCAGUACGACGCCGCCAAUUCACUAGACCAUGACAACCACGGCUUCCACGCGGACUCCCCCAUGCCGGGCUCGAACUCGUGGGGAACGGGAGUGGGGGACCGGGGGCCGGGCGUGGGCCCCUCACAGGGCAACACCCCCUCCACCCAGGACUCUGAUAAAAAAUCCCCCGCAGUGAGCCAGUGAUGAUAGUUCAUAUUUUAAACUAUAGAAUCUCUCCGAGUCAGUAUUCUCCAAUAAGCGUGCGAUGAUAGCCAGUGACUAACUUGUUUUUUUUUUUUUAAUUAUUUAAUUUUAUAUGCAAGUUUUACAAAGUUAAGUGCAAGGACUUGAGGAACGGUGUGUGAGAAGUGAGUAAUGAAGAAAAAAAAAAAGACAAACAUGCGGAUCCCGGUUGCGCCGGCACCACUAGAAGGGACCAGGGACAGACAUUGUCGUAGUGUUGGCGGCCGCGGGCUGGAGCCGCGCUUUGCACCCGAAACAGUGCAAUCAUUGAAUGGUUCCUUUCGGAACCGCCCACCAUAGGUACCUCUGCAGAGUGAAUGUUCUGGUUUUCGAAUGGCAGCUCAUUUGUACAGUAGUCUAAAAACAUCGUCACACUGUCUGUUGUUUGUCUUCUGAGAAUAACACGCAGAUAUCUGAACACGACACAUCGUAGCCCGGGGGCUAGCGACGGAAAUUUUGGGCCGGUUUCGUUAACGUUUCUUCUCAAACGUUUUUUAUGUGCCGUAUAUCAUGAAAAUGGCAUUCUGGCGGAGGACAUGCUUUGUCGACUAAGCAAAAAAGAAUAAUAUCAUUAACUUGAACAGUUAGUUGCUACAAAAUAUGUUUAACGACCUGUCGAGUUAAAGUUGUCAUAACCUUCCCAUCCACAUGCACACAACAGUUCACUGAUAGCUCUAUAGCAAGUAGGCUACCAGCAAUACAUUUUUACAGAUUUUAUUACACAGUUUUUCUAAAUAUGAGUUAAUGCGCAAAUAACAGACUCCUCCAU